AUGGAGGGUAUACAUGGCGUCGAUGUCAGUUGGCUGCACCAUACAAACAAGGACCAUCACCACAGGUUCCAAGCUCCAUCAUCGCCCGGCCUUCCUCGUGACGCCCCUCCUCCCACCUCCUCUCAUGGCGGCCUGCCAACCCCGCGGAUAGAGGAAUCGAUAGACCCCCUCGAAAAAGACCCGCAAAAUGGCGCGCCUCCUCAAGUGCAGGAGCCUCCCAAACCUCAGCCUGAGAAGUCUGAAACACCCGUCACUCCGCCUCGAUCAGGGCCUCGACGGCCAAGUUUGCUAGCCCGCGGCAACUCCGACAAGGCAUCCAGCGGCGCAUCACCAGGCUCUGGAAAACCUAUGUCUCGGCGCAACUCGUGGUUGACAGGUCUCACCUCCAAGUUCUCCUCUUCACAAACACCCCAACAAUCGAGUGGCGCAAAUGGUUCUCAAGACGCAAAGACAAAACCAGACGAUAAACCACUCUCAGUCAAGUUCACUGGUCCCAAAUAUCUAUCACCAGCCCGCACCGACGCGGCGGCACAGGCGGAGAGCACCGAGCCCUAUGUGCCCGCGCCACCGAAGGGUUCGAGCUCCUCAUUCCUAUCCACCGCAUUUCGACGGUUAUCAUCCAGUGGUGGGCAGGGCGGCCUCCCCAAGGCUAUUCCGAACGGGGGGAUGUGCCCGAGAAAAGUGAUGAACGUAGACCCCAACAGACAACGGUGUCUUGUGCCCGAACUUGAUCAGUCGAAACUACGGCGGGUCGCAUUCUGCGUAGACGUGGAGAUAGCUGGCGGUCCACGAUACAAGGAGGAUGAGGACGACGAGACUGACGCCGCAGAGAAGAAACAAAAGACGAAGGACAUGAAGCUGAAGGAGAAGGGUGAAGGAGCCGCUCUGAAGAAUCCUCAAGCUGUGGCGGAAGAGAAGGACAAGGCCGGGGUUGUUGAAGUGAGCAAGGAGGUCGUGGGAACCGAGAAUGCGCCAAAUCCGGAGGGUACCGUCAUUGAUGGUGGAAAAUCAACCAAGAAGAAGGAGAAAAAGAAGCGAUCCGAAGCUGAGCGUAAGGAAAGAAAGGAAAAGAAGCGCAAGAAAGCGGAGGAAAGUGGGUCGCUACCGCUGGAGCUCACGCGCAAUUCGGAUGAGAGCAGCGCCCAGCCUACUCCUUUGCCCUCCGGCGUGACGACACCAAAACCACAGGACAAGCCCACCACCGACCCACUCAGAAUAUAUCGAAGAUGCUGUCAGCUAAGAGAAUCACCAAUACUAAAGCGGAUUACCGAACAGCUUGGCGCAACCACAGACUGUGCUAUGGCUGAGCCAGGUGUCGUUUCCAGUUUAGACCUGACAGGUUCCCGAAUGCAGCUGGCGGAUGUGGUAACGCUCAGUGACUGGUUAGCCGUGGUCCCUGUUAAGAGACUGAUACUCGAAGACUCAGACCUGACCGAUGAAGGAAUCAGAGUGAUUCUUGCCGGCUUGCUAGCUGCGAAAGCGCCUGAGUUCAGCAAAGGUCGCGUCAACUACUCAAACGGUCGGGCCAAGAACUCCAAAGUCGAGGAUAGGUCUGGAGUAAUAGAGAAGCUAAACCUCAAGAAUAAUCCUCGGGUCUCGCGCGACGGCUGGAAGCAUAUCAGCUUGUUCCUCUAUAUGUGUAAAUCGAUCAAAGCCAUCGACGUUUCCAUGAUCCCAUUUCCGGACACCCGUUCCUCGGAUCUUGCCUCAGGAAACAACGCAUCGGAGUCAACAGACACUGCCGAGAUAUUCUGCAAAGCGUUGUCCGAACGGCUGGCGGGAUCCCAUCUAGAGGAACUCCUCAUGGCAGAGUGUUGCUUAAGCUCUCAGCAUAUCCGCAAGAUCAUUGACGGCAUUACUAUGAGCGGGCUCAAAAGGCUAAGCCUUGCCGGAAACAGUAUAGACGACGAAGGGCUGGCGCAUGUUGUCCGCUAUGUUCACUCCGGCGUGUGCCAUGGACUGGAUCUUGGCGGCAACAACCUACGGGGCCGGCUCCGUCCACUCUGUGAGGCUAUGAGCCAGAGCUGCCCUCUUUGGGCUUUGUGUCUGGCUGACUGCAGCCUCUUACCGGACUGUCUUAAGAUACUCUUCCCGGCGCUCGUCAAACUUCCCGAUUUCCGCUUUCUCGACUUGUCGCACAACAGAGACAUCUUCGCCUCCCAACCAAGUGCUCUCAGCACACUCCGAAUGUACCUUCCUCGACUCCAGGGUCUCAAACGAUUACACCUUAUGGAUGUGUCCAUGUCGCCCGCACAGGCCAUUGGAUUUGCAGAAGUGCUUCCCGAGAGCCCUCAUCUCGCGCAUCUCAACAUUAUGGAGAACCCAGAGCUAUCCAGGCUUGCGUCUGCUACUGAUGAAGCUGGGCAAGAAGAGGCUUGUGCACUCUAUGCAUCAUUGAUGGCUGCAGCCCGUGUCUCGGACUCUAUUAUCUGCAUAGAUAUCGAUGUACCGAGUCAGCAGACUAGUGAAGUCGUCAAAGCGCUCGCGAAGCAAGUUGUUGCAUACUGCUUGCGCAACAUGGAGCGCUUUACGACCGCUGAAGCGAUCAAGACGGCCGACACCGAAACCGCCAAGAGGCUCAGCGUAGACAAGGAGGUUGAGGUUCCUGACGUCCUCUUCCACCUUGUCGGCCACGUUGAAGGCAACCAUGAGAACCAUGAUGACGACGAGCCAGCGCCCGACGACGACUACAUUGUGGGCGGUACUGGCGUUGUCAAGGCGCUGAGCUACUGUCUGUCAGAAAAAGCAGCUGACUUGCGACGGGCAUCGCUACCUCGGAGUGGAACAACGACGCCGAGGAAUCAUGUCCUGCAGACCGAAACUGGCCAAGCUAAAGCGAGGAACAUGUCAAAGCACCUGCUCGACAGUGCCCGCAAAAUCCGGGCACGCUUGCAGCCUGCUCUGGCUCGUGAAGCGAGAACUGGUGACGACAUGGCAUACAGGCGUCUCCUCUUCCUGGACAACACCCUCCAAGGCAUGAUCCAGCGCUUCGAAGACGAAUACCCCGAAACCCGGCUCCCAGCUCUACCCACCAAGGCUCCCACCCAGCCCUCUGACGCCGCAACCGCCUACUCCGCCUCGCCGACCGACUCCCUCGUCAGCGCCAGCGAGCUCGCCAACUCUCUCACCUCCGUAGGCACAGACACCAUCCCCAGCGCCCUCAACCACCCCGACUCCGACCUCUCCGACGACGACCACUCCUUCCGCGACCGGCACAACUCCGACGUCUCGCUAGCCGCGAAAGCGCUGUCCAACGAAGAAGGCCGCAUCCACCGGCUCGGCCAGCGCGUGCGUCGCGACAUCCUGCACGCACACGGCAGCGGCGGCAGCGGCAGCGCGAGCAACGAGCAGCCGGAGCCGCCACACCUGGCGGCGCUGCGGGAUAAGUUCGAGGCCCUGACUGGGCCGGAGAUCAGGGAGGAGGUUGCGCGCGAGGGGUGGGAGGAGACGGCCAGGAAGCUCAGCGCGAAUGCGGAGGAGUUGGCACGGCUGGAGAGGGAGAGGCCCGAGGAGUUUGCUGCGUUUAGGGAGGCGCAGUGGGCGGCGCAGGUUAAUACUCAGCAGAGUGGGUUGGGGUUUAGGUAG